UUUUAUAAGAACAGAGUCUCGUCUCACUGCCUUGCGUGCAGGAAUUUAUUUCUGAAAAACUGAAAGCAAAACCAGAGCAAAGAAAGACGUACGGCAGGCACAUGUUUUUGUACUUUAACACGGAGAGGAGCUGAGAAUAUUUCAGAAUAUCUGCGGCGGCACUGCUAAAGUUCUCUGUGUUGUGCUGAAUGUUGAGGGCUCCAUGGCUGGCGUGGUGCAUUUCUCAGGUUGGCAGGCGUCGUGGGACAGCAAAAGCCUGUCGGAGGGUCAGGAGCCCAAAUCUGGCCGGGUUUACACCAUGUACCACGGCACACACAUCAACAACGCUAGACCCAUCAUCACCGGCGGCUUCAAGCCGUCCACAAGCGGCCUUCUGGGUCAAGGCGUGUACGUGAGCCGCAACAUCGACAAGGCCAAGUGUUACCCGCUCAGAACCGACAGGAGGGAGCAGGUGGUGUUCAAAAUGAAGGUGAACGUGGGCAAAGUGAAGAAGAUAGACUGCGACAACCAUCCGCUUCAAAAGUCCUGGCACCAGAACGGCUACGACUGCGCGUGGAUCCCUCCUAACAGCAACGUGUCGGUCAUCAAGUCCGGCCGGGAGGAGGACUGCGUGUGGGACCCCAGCCGGAUCACCGUGGUAGACGUGGCCGUCUGCAUGGACGACAACAAGCGGCGGGAGCUGCGCUCGCUUAUCCGGCAGCAGUUGCGCGGGGCCGGCUGCGGGCUGUGCGGCGUGGACGCGGAUGGACCUCACGAUGUCCAUGACUGCUGGCAGUGCGGAAGCAGGAUAUGCCCCUUUGAGAAACAGCAUGUAUGCAUAUAAGCAGGCUGUUUUUUGUUACUGUGCUUCAAAGAACCCAUAACAUGGAAAACUGAACUUACUUACUUUUUAAUAAUGCAGUUUCAUGUUGUGCGUAAACAUUGCGUUUAUGAUCUGAAAACUGCAGAAAAUGAGAUUUUUCAGUAAUCCGUUAUGGUAGAGGUUGAACAUACAUAUCAUAGAAGAUAAAGCAUGUAGUUGGUCUCAGCAUUGUUCUAAAAGUGUUUUGUUGCUAUCUCGUUGGCGCUGCCUGCUGUUUCCGGUACAGCUCUCUGUUUUCGGACAUGCGCAAACUGAGAAAAAUGAACGAAAUCAGAGUACGGGGAUACAUGUACUGAAAAACCCAAUUACUAAGCUAAAAUUAAGCUCUGUUUAUUUGAGUUCUUAAUUAUAUUUGUAGGCCUUGAUCCAAUCUACGAAAUAAGAGUUUGCUCUUUACAUGACAACUUGAAUGCAUCAGUUUAGCCCCGCCCACACGUAAUGAAGUUAAAAGGAGUAUUUCAGCACAGCCUGCUUUUUUAAUGAAGCCAGUACAGAACAGCCAAUCAGAACUGAGUUCACCUGCAGAUAUCAGUCUUAAAGGCGCAGUAACAAAAAUCAGCCUUGCUCAUUCUAAAUGACAAUGAUGGUUAAAUAGAGAUUAAAAAAUGAUGUAUGUUUUGGGUACAUAAAAACACACAGAAUUGCAAGAAUGUCUUGAUUGACUGCCUUGUAUGCCUCAUACAUCAACUUAAAUGGGUGGAGUUAAACUGCUGUAGUCUGAAUAGCUGGAUAUGUGGUAUGUAAAUGAAUUCAAAAUGGGCUGUUUUUGCAGCUUAUUUUUCAUGCAUGAACUGUAGAUUAGAAAGUAAACACUUUGAAACCUUAACUACUAUAUCUAUACACUACUAUACUUAUUUAAGUUAAUCCCAUGUGGAACCUUCAGGUGUUAUAAAUACAAUGCAAGAAAACUUAAGUAAUGAAUAAGAUACAAAGAUUAAAAAAUGAAGUUGAAAUAAAUAAUAGUGAAAUAAUGAAAUAAGAUAGUAAAGUAAAAAAAUGUAAGACUUAUACAAAUGCUGUUGAAAUAUAUACAGAUGUAAGCUACAUGGUAAUAAGCUACAUAUAAGUUACAGGCCUUGUGUAAAAAAAAACCUUAUUGAAUUGAAUGAGUUAGCCUUUUACUCCUGCCUGUUAUUACUUGGUGCUGUAAAAAAAACCUCAGUUCAUCCUUAUAGCAUUAAAAUAAAUGUUUGUUUGCAGAUUGAUGCCUGGUUCUUACACUGGAAUGUGCUGUGCUGUCUGUAUAAAAGUGCCCCGGCUGUAUAUGUUUGUGAACAAAGUUUUCUGUGGUUGUGCUUCAUUUUGAAUUCAGUUCAAACAGUUCUGUUCACUUUGGUGUGCUGUGGUAGUAAGUUACAUUCAUGCUCUUCACAAUGAACACUUGACAUACUUGUUUUCUGCUUCCUGGUAGCCACUACAUUCUUUUUCAACACACAUGGGUGGGUCCUUUCUCUGAGUUAUGCUUAAUGGAAUUCUGGGAAUGAAAGUCUGGUUGUUCUGCAUUGUUGCUGGACAGAAAGCAAAUCCACAUUUAUCACAAAGUAAUGUGAAAAGCAAUCCAAUCAUUUCCAAAUUAAACAUGGAUUAAGUGGG